AUGCGGGUUACAGUAAAUCUGCCUAGUUCAAAAUUUAGACACUUGCAUCUUAUUCUUCUUACUGCGGCCACGUCAUUGAAGUUAUCAUUGCAAUACGACGUAAGUGGAUAUAUCUGUGAUGACCAAAUAUUCUGGCACGAAGAGGCUCAAGAGGUGGCUCACUUCGCUUCCGAAUUGAUGACACCAGUGAAUCCUCAAUAUAAGUAUCCCGCACUGCUUGAGAACACCCAGCUAUUCAGUAAAGCAAACCAAAAUCUUUUUGUGGUACCUUUAAGAAACUACAGGUCUAUUCGUAUUGGUGGAAGGCCCGGGUCUCAUCGCGUAGUCAUAGACGAUCAAGGCAGCCUUGUGGGUGUUGUGAUGAAUGCAAAAAAUGGAGCUGAUGUGAAGCCCACCUAUGAAAAGUGUACUCCUUUCCUGAAAUACGACAAAUUAAGUCCUGAGCUCAAUGUGGACAAUAGAUAUAAGAUUUCUGGGUUUGCAUGCGGCUCGAAUUUUCUGAGCACAGAAAUCGAGAAUGAAAUGAAAUGCAAAUGUAGUGGACUCAAAAAUCUAUCUCCGACUAACAAAGGGUUUUUUCAGUUUCUUGAUCGAAAUGGUAUUACAUGGUCAGACAAUAAGUUAUGGUAUAAACACGUCACAAAAAAGGAUUAUAAUUCUCAGCAUAUAUACCGGGCAGCUGUCUACCACGUAGAGUUCAAUUUAAGAUGUCAUUUAAUUCAAAUAAAGCAAGUGGUCCGAUGUGCCUCCCCUAAACCUGCAUGCACAGAGAUAUGGAUACCGAAGCCACCAGCAGACAUAAUAUCGAUAAAACCAUCAUUGAGUCCUCAACACCAAAAUCAAGACAGUAGUGGAACAUAUCGUUGCAGUGAUGUAACAUUCAGGGUGAUAAACCUACAAAUUUACCUUACUCGAUUCAACAGUCUAUCAAAUACUGCUACUCGAACAAGUGCAGAAGGCGCUCUGAUCAGACCAUAUGAGAAUUUAAUCAUGUGGCCGAUUUUCCCACCUGAGUGGCCUGAAACAAAAACAAAAAUCCGCAAUAUUUUUGCGAUGGGAUUUGACGAUAAAAAUCAUUUUAUGGGACUAUAUUUUACUUCUGCUAGAGGUCCGCCUGGAAGACUAUACAAACCAUGUCCUCAUCAGGACUUAUUAAAAUCACUUCUGGUAGACAGAAAUCCGAUAGAAGGAGACAGACAAACAAUAAAAUUCUUUUAA